UAAAAGAACUUGUAGAAGAAAAAGAACAGCUUGAAGAAGGUUUGAAAGAAAUAUUGCAGACAAUCAAGGAAAUGCAGACAGAGCCUGGUAUUAAAGGAGAAACACCUCUGAUCAUACCUAGUCUUGAAAAAUUAGUUGAUGCUCUAGAUUCGAAGAAUGCUGCCGGAGUUUUUGAUGCAAACUUACAUUUGAAAACCCAAGUUGACCAACUUAUUGGACGAAAUAAAGAAUUAAGAGAUGAGCUUAAAAACACUCGAAAAGAGGCUACAGAUUACUUUCAACAUUUAGCAAAAGCAAAUUUAAAGGUUGAAAAUCUUGAAAAAGAAAUUUGUCUUUUACGUAAAGCAAAAGGAUCAAAUGUUAUAUUCAGAGGAAUUGAUCUACCAGAUGGAAUGACACCAUCUAGUGCAAAUAUAAUUAAUUCUCAAAAUGAAUACUUGAUACAUAUUUUACAGGAAUUAGAAAAUAAAGAACAAAUGUUAAACAAAUUAGAAGAUUCACUUGAAGAAUACAAUAGGAAAUUCUCAGUCAUCCGGCAUCAGCAAGGCUUGUUAUAUAAAGAGUAUCUAAGGUACAAUUGGGAAACUUCGUAGGGGAGAGGAGGGUUUAAAAAAAAA